AAGCCCCAUAAUGUCAUGGGUCAUGCAAUGCGCUGGUCGUCGUGGACUUUACAUUUCUAUACCUUCACACUACGCAGACGUCAUCUGCACCGUACUCAGAUCAGCUCUUCUCCCUCCUAUUCAGUCUGGCUGGUGCGUUAACGGAUUGAGAUUUGCAGAACAUUUUAAGAAAGAUUAACCGUCAGGUUGUCCAAAAAAAAAAAAGAAAAAAAAAAAAAAAAAAGAAAAAAAAUCGCACCGCUGCUUCACUGUUGCGGAUUUUUUCCCCCCCUUCUGUUUGUCUCUUCGGGGGAAGCUGUCGCGGAUCCCUCCUUGCAAACUUCGCGUCUCGCCUCGGCUCCUCCACUGUCAGCCGGGUGGUGAUCUUCGUAGGAGGCGUCUAUGUUUGUUUAAUUGCCCGGCGGCGCACAUGCACGGUCGUCCUCGCCGCUGCUGGACAACCAGGGCUGCCCUUCAGAAGAAGGCAGAAGAAGAAAAAGGAUAAAGCAAAAGGUUAAAAAGAAGGAGAAAAAAUUGGGAGAUUUUCCCCCCCAGCGAGGACGCAGCGCAGCCGCCGUUAAACAUAUCUAAGGACAAUUGACUGAUUGAGACCAGACGGCCACAGGUAUGGAUAUUCUUCCGAGAUCUCCGUGCGCCUGAGUUGGGCUUUUUUUUUUUUUUUAAUCGAGAUCAUUGUCACUGAUGAGUGGGAUUACUCAUGAAGCUGUCGAUUAUUUUUUCAUCAUGCUCAAGAAUAUUUCAAGUAAUAAUGGGAAUCUGGUUUAGUAUCACAAAUACCAUGUAGUGUUUGGACGACGGAGAGAACGCCAGCGAUCAGAAAUACCUAACCCCGCCGGUAUGGGACUGUGACCCGGGCGGGGAGCUCCGUGAGGCGGCUGUUCUUUGCGUGCAGACUGGACCCGAGCAGUUGUGACAUUUCUGAGCCAUGGCCGCUGCCAUCGCGAGUGGGCUGAUCAGACAGAAGAGGCAAGCGCGGGAGCAGCACUUGGACCGACCCUCCACCAACCGACGGAGGAAGAGCCCCAACAAGAACAAGGGGCUCUGCAAUGGGAACCUGGUUGACAUCUUCUCAAAAGUGCGCAUCUUCGGCCUGAGGAAGCGGAGGCUACGGAGACAAGAUCCCCAGCUCAAGGGUAUAGUGACCAGGUUAUAUUGCAGGCAGGGAUACUACUUGCAAAUGAACCCAGAUGGCUCUCUUGAUGGGACCAAGGAUGACAGCAGUAAUUCCACAUUGUUCAACCUUAUUCCUGUGGGCCUGCGAGUUGUCGCCAUUCAGUCAGUGAAGACAGGGUUAUACAUCGCCAUGAACGGGGAGGGCCAUCUCUACACAUCAGAACUCUUUACAGCUGAGUGCAAGUUCAAAGAGUCAGUGUUCGAGAACUACUACGUGAUCUACUCAUCCAUGCUGUACAGACAACAGGAGUCGGGGAGAGCAUGGUUCCUGGGGCUCAACAAAGAGGGCCAAGCCAUGAAGGGGAACCGAGUGAAAAAAACAAAACCAGCUGCUCACUUCCUGCCCAAGCCAUUAGAAGUCGCCAUGUACAGAGAGCCAUCGCUGCACGACGUCGGAGAGACGGUACCCAAGGUGGCCGUGCCUCCCAGUAAAAGCACAAGCGAGCCAGUGGUGAUGAACGGAGGCAAACCUGUCAGCAAGCCCGACAAACCGGCCACAUAGCCACACCUGACCCGGUGCCCGGUGUGAGUGCAUGCGUGGGAGAGGAGGAAUGUAACGGAGGGAGGUCUUUUUCUUUUCUCCAGCUAGACUCCAAACCCUCUUUUUUUUUUUUUUUCCUGUGGAUGACAUCCAGCUGAGACUACCUUCUUUUUUUUUUUUUCUCUCUCGCUCCUCCUCCGACUCCGACUCCCUUUCUCUGGCUGUGAAAGCGCAGACUGAUUCUGGGAUUGCUCAGUCUAUCCAGCACAGGAGGGAAGAGAACUUCUGAUCCUGUAAUGCCUUUAGAUCCCUUUGAAAUUGCGAGAAUUGAACUGAAUGACACGUGGUUCACACUGACGCAUGAUGCUGGCUUUUGUUGGAAUAACCCCCCCCACCUCCCUCCCCCCUCUCUAUAAUGCCCUGUCGCAGCAGAGUCUGCGUACCUUCAGAUCUAUUUUCUAUAUCACAGUUCACCAGCUAUGUUCUGGGAUAGAGACUGUAUAGACAGAGUAAAUAACUGGACUGUUGUCCUAUAUUUUUUACGAGUACGUCCCCCCCCCCUCUCCUUCUCUUUCUAAUGCUGGUCACAUACUUUUACUUUUUGUCACAACGAAACUAGAAAAAAGAUUUUUUGCAAAAGAGGAGUUGUAUGUUUUUUUUUUUUUUCUAAGAAAGACAACUAACAAAAAAACCAACCAGUACACACUUUAACGAGUGCGAAUAAACUUUUUUGUUUUCCGUCUACAACACGCGUACACCUAAGAGCAGUCGAAGAAAGUUUGAGCAGCUUCUCCGCGGCUCAUAAAAACACACUGGAGGCUGGCAGACGGCUCCCGUAAUCAUAGUUGAUGAAGUGCUAAUUACCGCCGCUGCAAUCAAUGCGAGGAGCUCCCUGCGCGCACAUACACACACACACACACACACACACACACACAAAUAUUUCUAAACAGAUGUGCGUGUGGGUGGGUGGGUAGGAGAGCGCUGUAAGGAAUGGUGUAUACAUAUCACUAUCUGUGUCCCACCAGCGGUUCAGUCCGCCUUCUCCGGUGAAUGAAGAAAAAAAGGGGAGGGGGGGGGGAUCCUGAAGUCUAUUUUUCUUUAAUCUUAUUUCAGAGCGUGGGCUCUAGGAAAUAUCUCUAGGCCUUGUAGGCCUCUGUUCCUCACUCACCGACUUCUUUGGACAUUGAAGCAAGGCUUUUUUUGGCUUCGACCCAGAUGCUCUAUAACUGCAGCAAAUGGCAGCCAUCUUGUGGCAGCAUCUACUUAAAGCAAAGAAAACAACAUGGCUGAAAACCAAUAGGCCCUAUUUAUAUGUGUGCUGCAUCCCUAUUUGGUUCAGCAAUCUAAAGCAUGGAUAAGGUCACUAUUGUUCCCACUUUGCAGCAGUUAUACUACAGAUGGCUUCUAGUGUAUCUGUGUCUCUGUAUAAAACUUAGGGAAAACGACUUUUGAAACUCAUAACUUUUUAAGCAACUAAAUGAUAUAUUAUUAUUAUUAUUAAUAUUAUUAUAAAAGGAUUUGUCUCCUAGCUCAGCAUGCAGAGUCCAGUACUGAUCAUCUUGGCCUAUCACGUGCCUGUUUGGACCUUUAUUCCCGGCAUGCAAAAAUGAGAUCCCAGUCCCCACUGGGCCAAAGGUGCCUCACUCACCCGAUGGAUCCAUGGAAAGGACGCGUAGCAUUAUCCAUUGAACCACCAACACUCAGAUGUGUUCACUCUGAAACAACCAAAGUCUGUUUUUUUUCCAUCCCAAGAAGAGCUUAUUCUUAAUCAAUAUGAAACAAAAAAUAAACAUAUAUAUAUA